AAAACAUCUGUUAGGAAUUUAUGCCAGCCAGUUCUCAGUUUAGAGGUUAUUAUUUACAGCACCCUAUUCGUAUUUCGUUGUUUAUUGGUUUGCAAACCAAUUUUUGCAGAUUAAUCUCGAAAUGAUCAAAAUUUUUGAAAAUGGAACGAGACCGAUCAAAUACAUACUAACUGGAGAUGAUACAUACCAAGAACUUCCUGAAGUGGAUACGGUUAAUAAUUCCCCUUUAGCAAACAUCAAUGAACUGGGAAAACAACUUCUUAAAUUUGCUUUUGAAGGCAACAUACGAGAGGUGCGGGCGUUAUUGGCUCAAGGGUCUCCUUUGAUUUCUGAUUGGUUGGGGACUAGUCCUUUGCAUUUAGCCGCCCAAAAUAACAAUGUUGAGGUAUGUGAGGCACUAUUGAAAGGUGGAAUUCUUAAAGAUGCUAGAAAUAAAGUGGACAGAACACCACUGCACUUAGCUGCUUAUGAAGGUCACUAUGGCACAACUGAGACACUGUUGAAACAUGGGGCGGAUAUUAAUUGUAAGGAUAUGUUAAAUAUGACGCCGCUCCAUUGGGCUGUACAAAAUGGACAUACGGCUGUGGUUGAGCUUCUACUCAGAAAUGGAGCUGACAUUAGUACGAAAAACAAGUUUGAUCUCACCCCUCAGGAUAUUGCACUUCAGAUUGAUAACAUGGAAAUGGUGGAAUUGCUACAAGUUUACGAGAGCAAUUCGGAAGCUGUUGCCCAGUCACUAAUGAUGCAACUUAAUGGAGAAGACCUUAAUAGUCAUAUAGUGGAAAUCAGUGAAGAAAAUAGCAACGUAAAUCAAUUAGAUCCUGUUAUUAUUGUAGGCGAUGAACAGUUUCGAACUAUAGAGAACAAUAACGAGCAUCUGUUAUUUAAUAUUGGAAACAAUAUGACUGUAAACUGCCGGUCCCCUCUUAACAACAAAGAUCAAGUAUUUAUUAAUUUAAAAGAAAAAGUAAAUUCAGAAAUCCCUGAAGUCAACCAAAAAGUUAACAGAAUCAAUGGAACGACAAUAUCAGACUUCAAAAUUGAUAGAUUGCUGGAACCUGAAGAGGACAGUCGGUUUGCCGCAAUUCAAUUAUUACAGGAGCAUGGAAUUUCAAUGCUCCCAAAUGAUACAGAAGAAGAGAGUAGUAUUUUGAACGCAGUGAUGGAGAGCGGACAUUCCGUUGUUUUAACAGAUGUUGGUAAAGAGGUAUUAAAUACUGUUAAGCAACAGGAAGAAAAACGAACACAGCCCAAACCAAAACCAAAGAAAAUCAUUACCGUUUCACCAGAACAGUUUCUGUCUUUAACUAAUGGACAACUAAUUAGGAACACAAAUAUACAAGAACCGUAUAAAGUCAUACCAUUGAAGUCAGGCGUUCGCAGAAUUUACAUGAAGAAAAGUCGACCAACGCCAUUUGGAAACAUGAUAAAGCUUCAAUGUGUUAAAAAACCAAAAACUGAACUAGAAAAGGUAAGAGACGAGUUGGCACAGGCCAAAAAGGAAAUCGAAGAUUACAAGUGGAAAUUAACGAGAAAAGACAGCGAAAUAGAACGAUACAAAACUCAAUUAAAAUUGUUGAUGCACAGUUAGCAUCUCAUGAUAAAUAUAUAACAUCGAUAUUAGUAAAAUAAACGUCAAAGCUCAUACAUUGUUAUAAUACUUCAAAUGCAACUUAACCCCGGAUGCAGACGAACUGGCUAUUGUUGGGAUACUUAUUUGAAAAGUACAAACUCUAUUCGUCAAAUUGUUGUAAAUUGAAUAAUUUAUUGUAUCGAUUAAAAUUCCUGUAAUAUUCAUUUAUACUCAAGUAGUAUGAAAUUAAAAUUGUCUUACGGUUUCACCGAUGAUAUUAGUAUUGUAAUAUUUUGGUUCUUCUGCAAUCUGCUGUUCAUUUGCUUCAUUGCCAUAUCAUAAAUCGACAUGUAACGUAAGUUAACAUAUUUUUGUACAAUUUUGUAAAUAUAGUAAUAAGUUAUUGAGAAA